CUUGUGCUCUUCCUGAACUUUUUAGUCAGGUUUCUAUAACCCAUUUAGACAGGUCUAAAAGUGGUGUUGCCAAGGGUUACCAAUUGGCCAUGCACUGUUUCAAUGUGGAAAUGGUUUUAGACUUGGCCAUUGCCACUACCAUCCAGGCUCCCCACAGCCAAUCCAACCCUUGUCCACUAAUUCUCUUGUACUCUUCGUGUAUAAAACAAAGUGAAAAGCUGUGCUUUUUGUGGCACAAAACAGAGGCCUUUCAGCUACAAAGAACCAACCAAAAUCAUAAAAGGACUCUCUUUCAAAUGGCUUUUCCAUGUGUACUCUCCGUCCCUCAGCUUCCUUAAUUCUGCUGACAGAAUAUAUACUACUACCUAGCUUGCAAGGAAGAAUAUCUUUUGGAGAGUAACUCAAAAGGAAUUGAUAGCAAAGAGCUUUGCUUUUGUGCCAUGAAGAACAAAAGACAACAAAAGAGUUCCAUUUGCUUUUGAGCAUGCAUAUAUGCUAAAAAUGUCUAGAAUUACAAAUGAAAUUAAGCAAAUGAUGUACCCACCUCCUGUUUCACCUCUCUCUUCAUUUCCAACUCCUAAUUACUAUAAUAUUGACUAUUAUGAAUCAUCCCCACCAUCACCUUCUAUCAGAAUCAGUCCAGUUCUUCUUUUGAUUAUAGUCAUUUUUGCUGUAAUCUUCUUCAUUGCUGGUCUUCUCCAUUUGCUAGUUAGAUUUCUCAUAAAGAGGCCAUCUUUUUCACCAAUUUAUCAAUCCAAUAGAUACCCUGGAAACUCAGAGUCCCAUGGACUUCAAAGACAGCUUCAGCAGCUCUUUCGUUUACAUGACUCAGGCCUAGAUCAAUCUGUCAUAGAUUCUUUACCAGUUUUCUACUACAAAGAUAUAAUGGGAUUGAAGGAGCCAUUUGACUGUGCUGUUUGUCUAUGCGAAUACUCGGACCAGGACAAGCUCAGAUUGCUUCCAAUGUGUAGCCAUGCUUUUCACAUGGAUUGUAUAGACACGUGGCUUCUUUCAAACUCUACAUGCCCCCUUUGUAGAGGAACCCUUUCAGGCUCUAGCUUACCCUUAGAAAAUCCGAUGUUCCAAUGUGAGUACUUGAGGGUAAUAUCUAAUGGGGUUGAGAGUGAUGGAGAAAACGGGAUUUCUUGUAGUCAGAAACCAGCGGCUGCUACGGAAGAUGUUAGUGAAAAGAGGAUCUUUUCAGUGAGACUUGGUAAGUUCAGAAGUAUAAAUGAUGGAGAAAGUGAUGGAGGGAGAGUAUUACAAGGAGAGAUUAGUAGCUGCAAUCUGGAUGCAAGGAGAUGUUACUCAAUGGGUGCAUAUCAGUAUGUGGUUGGUGAUUCAUUGCAAGUGACUUUGUCUCCUGAUGUUAGCCAUGGGAAGCUCGUGGAAGAGAAAGGAGAAGAUGGGAGUUCCUCCAUUGAUGGAGAUGUGGAAGAGAAGAGAAUCAGGAGAACUAAAGGUGAGAGCUUUUCUGUCUCUAAGAUAUGGCUUUGGUCUAAGAGGAGCAGAUUCACAGCUUCUUCAGAUAAUCAUGCUGAUGUAUAUCUCAAUGUAAGUUUGCCUAGGAAUGACAGAACUCAAGCUGUAUGAUUAUUUAAAAAAAAAAUUGUUCUCUUCACCAAUCAAUCUAUAUAUGUUCAUCAAAUAUAAGUGAUAUUUCAUUUAUUUUUAGCUUUUUCUUUAGCUGAUUGAUGAGGAUGCAUAUAUUUGGUGUUCAAAAUGCAAAGAACCCAAUUAGCUAAUUAGAAUUAAGAUGAAACUGAUUGCCCCUUCUUGGUGGAUGAAGCAAUAUGGCUCCCUCUUUAUUUAAACAGGAAAUGGUGAAAAGGGAAACUUCCUUCUUUCUUCCCUAAUCCCUAUUCAAAAAGGGUUGACAUUCCAGCCUUCUGCAAAAAUUUUAUGUUUAUCUUCUGUGGUUUCCUUGAAAAUUUCCAUGGCAGUUUGGUAUCUACUGACAAACAAUCAGUCAUUUAAUUGCAAUGGUGAUUUGUCAUUGAAUAAGCAAGAAGUACUUCAUGUAUAAGGAUUCUGUACUGGCUAUAUUUGUCUUUCUCUUGAACUCUUUUCAUUAGCAAAUUCAACUUCAUUUUUCUCAUCUGAAACAGCACUGAAAUCUGACACUGAAUCUGCAAAUUUUGGUUUGGUGCUGUGACUGGUAAUAGCUGUGGUUUGAAACCUGAGGCUUAACUUUUUCCAGUGGCUCUUGAAUCUUUUGAGUCUUCCAGUAUAGUUGGGAUGCAAACCCCACCAGAGAGAAAUGCUCCCAGCCUGACAGGCAAAAUAUCUUGCAUUUGACGCUAGGGAACUUAGCUUCCUUAGGGAGCAUGAGAGAAGGAGAUGAAGUUGAUGGGGACUCCAUUGUUUGAAAGCACAAUCAUGGUUGUCAAGCUCCAUUAAAAGAAGUUUCCUAAGGAUCUCACAACCUCCAAAUAUGCACCUGUAAGAAGAAGAUUGGAUCCCCCUGUAAAUGCCUGAAGGGGUCAACUUCUUGUCAGAGAUCACCAUCGGUGUCACACCACCAAAACUUCAACAGAAAAGAAUUGGCCUAUCCUGUUUUCCACCAAGGCUGGCGUCCAUAACCACAAGUUCUUUUUCACCUUUCAUCAAAGUGGGGGUGAUGCUCUUAGUCGAUGAUUUGUGAGAGAGCUUCAAUUUUUGUUACCUUCAUAAAAACAUGGUCCACAAAUGCAUAUAAGGGAUCAUGGUGUUAAUUUUUCCAAGUUAUUUCAGUCCCAUAAAAGAAAAGACAAAAAAGAAGAAAAAAAAAAAAGCCAUUUCUGAGCAGAUUGACUGUGGAGUAGCUUAAAGAAAAAAACUUGGAACUGUCAUGGCUGACAUGGUUUAGGAAGCAAACAUCAAACCUGUUAUUCUGAA